AUGUCAUCAGAUGCUGAUUCUCCUCCGGAAACGCCUUUGAAGAACCCCACGUCAACCGAAAACACAAUGUCUAGAACCCCACUUCGAGAUGAUGUAGAUGAUGGGACAUCUGAACACCAGUUGACCCCACGACAGAAUGCCGCGCCUGGGGACGGCUGGGCAUCGGAGAAACCCAGUCAAGCUGGGAAUGAAGUCCAAAUACCACCAACCCCCCGGAUUCCCAAGUCUGGGCAGGAAUCGCCCACCUCCCAAGACGGAGAUGACACAAAUACCGACGAUGAAGGACGUGGUCCUGGGGAUGCCUAUAAUGAAGACCUAGAUGCACCUCUGCCCCAGUUUGAUUGGGAUGGCGUCCGGAAUCAGUACACGAAAGCUGUAAAGGAAGUCAUAAGUGAAGAGGAAGAGCUACUAGAACAAUUUACCAAGUACACACAACUUUUUGUUUCAUGGGCCGAAAGUGCCGCUGAGCGUGAUAACACCAAGGCCUCGAAGCGUCUUAAGACGUGUGAAAGACAUGUAAAGCUUCAGGAGCAGUCGUUAGAGGAGAAAAAGAAGCAUUAUGCCAGUGUCGUCGAUGCUUUCCAGAAGGCCCUCGAUUUGUUACGUCGGUAA